CACCAAAUUGAAGAACAAUAAUCAGCCAAUAAAGAUGCAUCUGUACACACGAGUUAUCCUGCUGGCCGUGACCCUCUUCAGCGUCAAUGCUGCCCAUUUCGGAGGCGAUGCUGCCCUCGAGCAGGUCCUGUUCCGCAUGGUCGAGGGACAGAUGGAGUCUCGGGCGCUGUCCCCUGCUGGCCAGGCCUGCUCCAACAACUAUGUGAAUGCCACCACCAAGAACAGCGAGAAGCUCGCCAAUACCACCAACGCGUGCGAGGAUGUCGCCAACAGCACCACUGUGGCCAACGACAGGAACAGCAAUGCCACCGUGCUCACCAUCCGCAACCAGCUGCUGUCCCUCGAGCAGAAUCUGCAGCUCUGCCGCAACGAGACCGACUCGGCCCGCUUCAUCAACUGUACCGUCUCCACUUUCGAUAAGAACCUGCAGCUGUUGGACUCCUCCAACUCGCUGGCCUACCAGACUCAGUCACAGUUUGCCUCGAAUGCCACCGUUGUGCAGGCCACACGAUCCAACUGCAUCAGCGCUGCCGUCGGCGAUGCCAAGGUGCAGGCCAUCCAGGCAGCCAACGAUUAUGACUCUUGCCUGGCCAAGAUUCCCGCACAGCGAGUGAUCUCGGAGAAGCCCAAGGAGCAGGAGAAGAAGGAGCAGAAGCCAGUGCAGCAGCAGCAGCAGAAGCCAGUGCAGCAGCUGACGCAGCAGCAGCAGCAGCAGCAGUUGACUUCCGUUGUCGAGAAUUUUCCAGUGAAUAAUUAGACUUUCGAUGAACAAUUAAAGUUUCCCACUUUCCAAAUGCA